UAUUGGUAUUGUUGUUUUGAUAUGUUGUUGUUGUUUUUUGUGAAAGAAACGGACAGAGGGUUAUUGAAUUGAAAAAACUUUAUAAAAUAUUACCAAGACCCACUUUUUAUUCGUAUUAAUAGGUAAAUAAAAAGUUUAUAAUAUUGGCAAUGGCGUGCAAUCCCAACGUUCAUCAGCGCUCAUUGAGGUUAAAAUAGAACCAGUUGAUGUCGAAAUAGAGCUGGAGCCAGUUGAUACUCCGCCGGACCCCAGCGGUGGCGCGCCUCGUGAGCGGGUGGACGUCAAACCUGAACUAGGACCAGUAGACGCUCCAACUGCGAUCAAAGUGGAACCACAGGCCAGUGGUGAUAAUGUUGAAAUAAAAUGUUUUGAAUCGUAUGAUGUGGAUUCUGCUCAAAUGUCGAGAGCUGAUUACAAGCAAGCUGAGACAUGUGCAAGCAAGCACAGAAUAGUAUAGUGCAUCACAGUAGACAAGAAUCUAAACCUGAGACUACUUGUGUGCUUGAAAUGUUCUUUGGACUUGACGGUUCAUCGUAGAAUCCACAUGGGGCAUGAGGGAUGCAAAUGUGAUAUCUGUCAGUACCAGUGUAAGCAGAAAUCUGAUUUAACAAAACAUGAAAACUCACACCGGCGAGAAACCUUUUGUAUGUGACAUGUGUCAAAAGGCAUUUAGUGAAAGAGGUGUUUUGAUAACACAAAUAAGAACUCACAUGUGCGAGAAACCAUUCCAGUGUGAAGUGUGUCUGUACCGGUGUAGCCAGAAAGGUGAUUUAUUAAAUCACACAGGAACUCACACUGGAGAGAAACCUUUUCAAUGUAAAGUGUGUGGUGCACGAUGGGUUGCCGCAGCACGUGUGCGGGUGGUGCAUGCGCUGGCUGCGGCGGGCGGCGGACGGCCGCAUGCGGGCCCGCGUCGCGCUGGAGCUGCUGCGGCGCCACGUGCCGCGCGGGACCGCCAUAACGAAACAAAUGUCCAAAAGUUUGAGCGCGAAGUGUGCGGAGCUGAAGCCGCGAUGCGUCCGGUCCCAGAUCUUCGUCUUGGACAUCUCCAGCGGGGAGUGGGGGGGGCGGCGCGGGCCCGAGGACUACUGCGAGGCCUCCUACUUGGACGACGUUAAAGAGGAGAAAGCGGACGAAGUACACGAUGAGGAGGACAUGGAGGGUGAAGCUUGUGGCGAUACAAUUGAGAGUGCAAACGUUACUCCGCAACAUGGAAAUGAAAUUAGCCAUAAAAAACUAUAUUUAGAAGUGAAACCUUUAGACGUACAUUAUGAAGCGGACGACGCGCCCGAGGACCGCGCGGAGAGGGCGAGCAAUGAAAACGACAAGCCGAAACUAUAUUUGGAAGUGAAACCAUUAAAUGUAAGUUUCAAAAAAAUAAGCGAAAUAAUAAAUUGCAAGAACAAGAAUAAAGCCAAGAAAGUUGUAAUGAAACGACAAAUAGUUAAUCGCUCAAAUGCGAUGUCAAAGAAAUCAAUAACAGAGUACGCGAGGAAAGCCAACUUCGACGUGAGAUUUCUGACUAUAGCCGAACAAAAGAAAGAAAUUGAAGAUAAGUUAAACGAAGUAGUGACAUUAGGAAAAAAGUGUGGCAAAUGCGGGAAGCGUUUCCGAGACACUAACACUCUAGAGCGGCACACGAAGGUGUACCACGUGUCCAGACCUGGCAACCUCGUGUGCGACAUUUGCGAAUGCGUUUUCAACAGACGAACGUUACUGAAAACGCACCUCGACAACCACAGCUGGGUGUUCACGUGCCGGGAGUGCGGCUUCAGGACCAACCAGCAGGGUAACAUGAUGCCGCACUGGAGCUUCCACGCGGGCAAGAAAUUUGUCUGUCAGUUUUGCAACAAAGAGUACCAGAAGAGGUCGACGUUUCUGUCUCACGUGAAGUUGAAGCAUUCGAUGGAGCUGCCGUGGUGUCGACUGUGCGGGGAGUUCUCCACGAGCCAGAAGGGCGUCGACAUCCACAUGAAUGUGACCCACGGCGCCCUCGAGGAGGAGUUCCCGGAGGUCUGUCGUCACUGCGACAAGAGGUUCAAGAGUGACGUCGCGUUGCAGAGACACGCGGCUGUUCAGGGAGCUUUCUCUGAGCUCCUUCCUCAGCCACAGGGCGUCGGAGCCCAGGGUGCGUUUAGUAGACAAUGGUCAGUCAUGUACAAAGCGGUCGCCAGGGUGCGCCCACAGCAGCUGCGCACAAUGCGGCGACUGGUUCCCGGCGGAGACUCUGCUGCAGCACCAUCUCGUGCAGAGACACUUCCCGCACGGAGACCCCGAACACUUCGACUGCGACAGCUGUCACGUCAGGUUUCACAACGAGAGUGCCCUCGCGCGACACUCGUGCGGAGUGUCGUGCGCCGCGUGCGGCGACAGCGCGCGCGACGCCGCGACACUCGCGACACACGUGCGCGACACUCACGACAUCUUCCGGUGCGCGCAGUGCGGAAAGCAGUUCACGAACUCUGCCUACUUCAAGCGCCACCACACGCUCGUGCACACGCGGGGCUCCCGUCGCGCGCACCCCGCGCACCCCCACACCACGGUCAGUGGACGGAAUAUUUCCGCACCGAGAGUUCAAGUCGGCGGCGUCUGGCGUGCGGUCGUGGCGUGCGGUCGACGACCGCGUGUCGUCCGACCGCAGCGACCGCGCCGCCGACCGCGACCACAGGAAGAUGCUCUGCAUCUGCGAGGUCUGCGGGAAGGGGUACCCGUCGCCGCUGCGGCUCCGGCUGCACCAGCGCACGCACUCUGCCCGCGAUAAGUUCGCGUGCGCGGAGUGCGGCCGGCUCUUCACCACCAAGUUCAACUUGCAGAUGCACGCGAACACACACUCGGGCGCGCGGCCCUUCCCGUGCUCAGUCUGCGGGAAGACCUUCCGCUCGUACGCGGGGCUCUACCGCCACUUCCUGGUGCACUCGGGCGAGCGCAAGCACCUGUGCGCGAUGUGCAACAAGUCGUUCCAGACGUCGACCUGCGUCAAGACUCACAUCCGGACCGCGCACCUGCGCCAGCCCUGGCCGCCGCGCAGCCGGAAGCGGAAGCCCAAGCUCGACGACGCGCCUCACGCGGCUCACGCUGACUCCUAGCGGAACUAAUGUUGCCGAUAUUUCCAUGUUGCCAAUUAAUCAAAUCUAAACUGUUGUUUAUCAAUAAAUGUUUUAACAUGUAAAAAAAAA